ACUGCGCUCCUCUUGCUGCAGACACACACUCUCUCACACACAGUGAAAAGCUCCACCGCCAAGACUCCUGCAGUAUAGUAGCAACACGGUAGGAGCUUCUGUAAGCAGUUAUCAGAGCCGUAGAAAGCGGGGUCCCUCAGGAACCUGAAGCGCUCCAGACAAUGUUGGACUAUUUAGUCAUGAAUUGCAAUUCUGGGCUUUUUUGAGAGGAUUUAGCAAUGCUGCGCUCAGAGCAACUCUGAACUCUUCUCACUUGCAGACGUUUUGCUUUUGCAUGCUUUCACGUGAAAUGCACAGACGCUGGUAGUUGUUGCAAAGCCGGCUGUCUUAGAGUUCCUCCAAACUAAGACUAUUUUAUUAGCAAGGGGAAAAAACUGAUCUGCGAUUUGGAGCAACUGAAAAUAUGGAUGGAUCUUAUUUCUUGAGUUGAGAUUUUGCACCCUGGACCACUGGGAGUAGCGGCAGAGAGAGCAGGCUGCAUGUUCACGGACUGUGCGCUCUGGGACUUUUGGCAACUAUCAGCGCGUCAGGCAACGUAAAGAGGGAGCCGUGCGUAAAAAUAACACACAUCGCCAGCUGCUGACAUUCAAAACUUGGAUUUUGUUCAUUCAUUCCAUGCUAUUCUCUCCACGGCUACUGUCAUCCGAAGUGAGGACAGUUCGCCGUGUCUUCCAAUCCCUCAGCGGUAACCAUGACAACCUAAAGAAACCCAAAGUGAAUUCAAGGAGCGGACAGCACAGCCAUUCUGAGAAGAACUGAAUAAUUGCUUUGCUGCACCCACCCUGACAGAGAAGAGCCGGUGCGCGUAUUAAGGAGGAAUAAUGGGCUUCUCGCAAACGCUCCUGGUUUACGCGCUGGUGUGCGUCCAUCUCGGAGUUUCUCAGCCUUUCUUUCGGCUCCGUCCGCAGCCCAGCGAUAACCUCCCCGUCCCGGAUCUCAAGGAGGAUCCCGAUCCGGAGUACGACCCCCGGGAGCAGGACUUGGCCGAAAAGCCUCUAAGGAGAAAGCUCGGCAGCCACUUUGACCCUAACUUCAUGUCCAUCAGCGCACCACAGCCGGUGAACCUCUCCACCUCGGACGCCCAGUGGAAGCCACCGGGCCACAUGCCCAACGAGAUUAAAAAGCUGGACCUCACGGAGACCCCUUACGGGAAACGGUUAAAAGUGGGUAAGAAAGCGCGAAGGAAAUUCCUGCAGCUUCUCUGGACAUACACAUACUGCCCUGUGGUGUACACUUGGAAGGACCUGGGCGUGAGGUUCUGGCCGCGCUACAUCAAGGAGGGGAACUGCUCUUCGGAGCGCUCAUGCUCCUUCCCUGAGGGGAUGUCCUGCAAAGCUGUUAAGUCCAUCAGCAAGACUUUCCUGCGGUGGUAUUGCCAAGGCUUUCUAAGACAAAAAUACUGUACGUGGAUACCGGUGCAAUACCCAAUCAUCUCAGAGUGCAAGUGUAUGUGCUGAGUUUACUCCAAUGAAGUGGACUGGAACUACAGUUUGAAUUGCACUGUUAACUCUCUACAGAGGUGGGCACCAUAGCAGAUCUAUUUUUUUAUAUGGCAUUUAAGUGAAAUACCUACAUUGUACAUAUCUAAGGGAAAAAAAUGCAGCUAUUUUUUUUUUUAUUGAACUUGGACCAUAUUCAAACAUUGUUUAUUUUUUCCUCCUGCCGGAGACCUUCAUGAGGAAGAGCUUUUUUAUAUAAAUAUAUUUUUAUGAGACAUUGAUGAAGGAAUUCAUAAUAUGCUACACUUCUCCAAGAGGUGACCUUUAUUUUUUUCCUCCAACUGAACAAUGAUGCUGUCUGUUAUUUCACUGCAAUGCUGCCAAGAGUUUUUGUAUAAUAUUAAUAUCAAUAAUUAUUAAACUGUAAAAAGUUGAGGUUUUAUAUAUAUAUAUAUAUAUAUAUAUAUAUAUAUAUAUAUAUAUAUAUAUAUAUAUAUAUAUAUAUAUAUAUAUAUAUAUAUAUAUAUAUAUAUAUAUGUAUGUAUGUAUAAAAGGCGUGAACUCAGCUUUUUUUGAAUACUUAGAGUUGUAGAAAUAAGCAAAUCUGUAUGUUUUAUUUAUUACUUUAACGAUUUGUGAGUAUAGAUCAUAAGGAAAGAAAAUAGCAGAAUAUUACCAGAAAGAAAUACAGAAGAUGUCUACUUGAAUAUUUUUAAAA